GAGUGUGUGGUUGACGCUGAUCUACCCGCUAGUCUUUGGUAAACCAAGCGUCCUACAUUCAGUGCAGCGCUUUCAUUAUUGCACCAAACGAAGCGGCGGUGACCUCAAUGCACAGAAUCUACUAUCAACUAAAAAUGAACGCCUGAGCUUCUAAAGAUUCAUGUCUAAAAUGUAAUCAUUUUGUGCACAAGGUCUGUUUUUUAUUUCUUUCAUAUCCAUCAGAAAAGUUUACUAAGUGAAACUCAGAACGGUGUCAGUAAGUAACUGAAAACCUACUCAGCAUUCCGACAAAAUGAACAGGCUGUUUGAUACAGCAGCGCCCAGCGUAAUCGAUGAGAAGAUGCUUCGAAAAGCAGUUCAGGAACAGGGUCCUCAAGGCCAGGCUGGCCGUUUAGCUAAAGAAGAGGGCAUCCAGUAUAACGAAGUGAUUCAACUUUGCCUGGAAUUGAGAAACAUCUUAAAAAUUGGCCAUUUAUGGGAGUUCACUUCUUUGACCAAGCUUCAGCUGAAUAAUAACAUCAUCGAGAAGAUUCAAGGAUUAGAGAAGCUCACUAACCUGGUGUGGCUUGAUUUGUCCUUCAAUAACAUUGAGGUGAUUGAGGGACUGGACUCACUGGUGAAACUCCAGAACCUGAGUCUGUUCAACAAUCGUAUUUCUGUCAUAGAGAACAUGGACGCACUGGGAAACCUGCAGAUUGUCUCUGUUGGUAACAAUUUAAUCUCCCAGCUUGAUAAUGUAAUAUACCUCAGAAAAUUUAAGGAAUUGCACACACUCAAUCUGGCUGGAAAUCCCAUCUGCCAAGAAGAAAACUACAAGAUCUUUGUGGCUGCAUACCUCUCAGACUUGGUGUACCUUGACUAUCGGCUACUGGAUGAGCAAACUCGAGAGAAGGCCUGCGUAGAGUACCAGUAUGCACUUGAGGAGAUGAGACUCAAUGAACUGCAGGAGCAGAAAGAAAUAGAGGCUCAAAAAAUCACUGAACAAGAGCUUCAGCUGCAUAAGGAUGCUUUUGUUGAGCUCUUGAAUGGGCCACAUCUGUUUGACAGCAUGUUUGCAGAUGAUGCUGAUGCACCUAAACUGGCCUGCCUCCCUGGAGUGACUACACUACUCGAAUCAUAUAAGACCCAGCUUGUUGCAUUAUGCAUGCAGAUGUUUGAAGCCGGUUUAACUCAACAUGCACGAAGGCAGAAUGAGGUAGAAUCCUUCUUCUCCUGCUCCAGGGAAGCAGAGGCUGACAACCAGCAGAGAGCAGCUCAGAUAGCAGCUGACUUUGAGAGGUCGAGGAGACAGGUGAUGGCAGAGAUGCAGAAGGCAACAGACACCAAGCUGUUGGAGGCCCAAGCCAGUAAGUACAGUGAUGAAAUCUCCCAGCUGUGUGACACUCUUAUGACUCUGGAGCUGCAGCUGGUGGACCAGUUAGAGGACGUCAUUAAAGACUUUGAGAGGAACAUCUCAGACUUGGUUGGAGGAUUCACCGAAUAUGUCCAAGGAAUAUUUGCCCAGUGCCGAGAUCUAGAGAACCACCACCAUGAGAAAUUGCUCGAGAUUGCAGUGGCCACAUUAGACAGGGUGGCAAAGAAUGAGCUGGAGGAGGAUUUGCCUGAUGACGUGCGCAUGCUCUUUGUGGAUAAGGACACGUUGAUCAACGCUGUCAGUGCUUCUCAUGAUACACACCUGCUGAAGAUUGAUAACAGGGAGGAUGAGCUCAUGAUGCGAAUCAACAGCUGGAUGAGUGCACUGAUAAAGUCGAUACAGGAUGAAGAGGUCAAGCGGAAUCGCAAACGCAUCUCAGAAAUCCAUAACUACGUUGACUUUGUUAAGGACCAGCUGGAGGAGAUCCUUUUGGAAGAGCACCAGUAAAAGGAGAGAAAGUGACUUGCUUUCCAUUCUCAAACAUUAUAUCUACAGACAUACAGCACAGCCUGUGUUAAAAGUAAAUGGCAUAUUUAAAUAAUAACAUUCUUCAAAAAAAAUAUGUAGACAAGUAUUGUAUUUGUCCAUUUUCUGCUAAUAAACAUUUUGAGUCUUUGUAGUUUUAAAGAUUGAGACGCUGAAUUUUAUUUUCUUGUUGGACAAUUCCGCCACCUACAGGAAGAGACAGGAACUCAAAGGGAAUCAGGAGUGGACAUAAAUGGACAUUUCUCAGGGUUUGGGUGCACGUGUGCGCGCAUGUACAUGUAUACUAAUUGGGAGUGGUUGAAGUAGCCUUAAAAUUGAUUAGCAUUACACGAACAAACUGCCAUGAAAAUGGAAAACUUGUUAUA